CUUCGUUGCUCUAUCACUUACUACUAUACAGUGCCAUAUCUUUGGUUUGAAAGUUCAGACAUAAAUUUCCAACUUCACUUCCACUUCUUCUAAACGCAAAGAACUUUCUUUCUCUUUUUGGGUUAUCUCGUUGGCUGGUGCAUGUAGAUUUCAGACUUUGGAAGAUGCACCAAAAACUAGAAGGCAAAAACCAUCCAGAACCUAAUGCGAAUAACAAUAAACCAUACACAGUUCGUUCUCAACCCUGGUGGUGCAGCACCCAGCAGGAUGCCAGUUCAACGGAUGUUUUAGGAGAAAGCAGGACAAACUUAGCUCCCGGAAAACACCCAAAUGGAGGUUUAGGGACCCAAACGAGUGAAUCUCAGCAUGGAGAAUUGACUGAUCAAAAAAUUUGUGCUAGCAAAGAAAUGUGGUUAACUGUAUUGCCGCAUCCAGAUGGAAAAUGUGGUGAUGAACAGCCACAUUUACAGCAUGCUGUACCCUUUAUGCCUCCAACAAUGGGUGAAUACAUAGCACCACGAACCCGGCUGGAGCUUGUUGGCCACUCAAUUGCAUGUCCAUCGUAUCCAUAUGCAGAUCCAUAUUAUGGGGGAGCAAUGCCUCCUUACGGACCUCAAUCUUUGGUACAUCCUCAUUGUCUUGGAGUGCAUCCUGCUAGAAUGGCUUUGCCUCUUGAAAUGGCAGAGGAACCUGUUUACGUGAAUGCUAAGCAAUACCAUGGUAUUCUGAGACGAAGGCAGUCUCGUGCAAAAGCUGAGCUGGAAAAGAAACUGAUCAAAGUUCGAAAGCCCUAUCUUCAUGAGUCUCGACAUCUACAUGCUAUGAGAAGAGCAAGAGGAUGCGGAGGCCGUUUCUUAAACACCAAAAAGCUAGACAGUGAUGCUUCGAAUGCCACACCUGACAAAGGCAGUGACACUAGUUCCAAUCUUUCAUCACAUCCUACCAACUCAUUAAGUGGCAAAUCAAUUUCCAGUCACAUGUCCCAGGAUGUCAAUUCAUCCGGUGGUCAUCAAGAAGUAACAGAAUCUGAAUUGCCAGGAACAGAUAUGCAGCAGGCAUUUUCCAACAGCAAUGGAAAAAUCUACAUCAAUGGCAAUGGCAAUGUCUGCUAUUCCCACCAUCAAGGGUUUCAUUUCUCUACAUCUCGUUCACUUUCAGAUAAAAUGAUGGAAGAAGGGGACUGUCCAAGGCAGCAGCAUGAGAGAAUUGUGGCAAAUGGUGUGCCUCACAGGGCCCUAACAAUCAAAUGAACCUUCCAUCCUAAGGGUUGAAGUGCCUCUCCUGCAUUGCUUUUGACAUGUAUUGUUAUUCAUGAUAAGUCUUUAAAUGUAUUAUGGAGUUAUUUAGUGUGAGCGCAUUGUUUCACCGUGUCAUGCUUCAUGGCAUCUUGUUGAAGAUCUUUCUUGAUCUCCUGCCAGUGGUAAGAGUUGGAAGGUGAAGCUGGAGUGCUUUGAUUCUAACCAUCUCGAAAGGGACGACCCUUAGGUUCAUGUCAUAUAUAUGUUGACAGGCAAAUCAUUCUUGGCUUGGCUUAGUAAUGUGCCAUAGAGGUAGAGUCGAAGAAGGGACAUGUGACUUGUAAUUGGCAUUUUGAGUCUUCUAUUUAACCUGUUCUUUUAAUGUACAAGUAAAACAAUAGUAACAGUAGCAUUGUGUGUAAUGAAUGUGAUAAAGGAAGGCAAAGCAGACUAACCUACUUUCUGUCCCCUCUUUACUGCCUGCCUUUUCAUUUCGCUCCCUUGGAUGUUUCCUGGAAAUAACAAGGCAGGAAUCACCAUCAUGCCAUGGGGAUCAUGCCACAAUUAUUAUUCA